GUCGGUCGUGGGAAGUGCCGUACCGCUGUUGUAUUCUGCAGAGCGAGCCGCAGUACCAUGGUUCGCUCCGUGGGGAGGGGAGCCCAUGUACCGGUAUUCCCAAGCAUCGUGGCCCACGGGGGCGCGGGCGGGAUGAGCUGGCGGGCGGUGGAGACGCUUCCCGUUUGUUUGCUUGCUUGCUCGUCGGUCUGUCUGGGCGUUGGGUUCUGGCUAGUUGCUUUGGCUCGCUGGCUGGGCGGGUGUCGUCCGUCUUCCCGUCUCCCGCUGGCGGGCCGUCUCGCGGGUUCUGUUGUUGUUGGGAGGAGUGAGGGAGGGAGGGAUGGAGGAGCUGUUCACCGUCGACCUGGGCGAGUCGAGAAACCAUAUGAACCCGCCGGUCCCCAUCUGCUUCGCGGCAAGCAAUUGCGUAGUCAACUCAACUCAUCUUUGCUCAAGCCAUCUUUGUUCAAGUCAAGUCCCCAGAUACCAACCAGCACCGAGUUGGGUCACCCUAGAUUCUGGCGUACAGCCCCCCUGUUCCCCUGCUACCACCGUCCCCGGCCAUCUUGGUGUCCAUCAUUAUUAUAUCCUUCCAUCUGCCGACUACACAUCGUUCCCAUACUAGCUGCGCUUUCCCACUUGCCCCUUUCGUCCUCGUUCGCUUUAGCUUUGGGUGAUCGUUUGGAUCCUCCCUCAGCUCGUCGUUGUCUCCGUCUCCGUCUCCGUUGGCACCUAGGUUGAGACGGUUGAUCCCCCCCCCUUGUCAGUGCCUGUGCCUUGUGCCUGUGCCUGUCCUGUGCUUCGGCGUCGCAUCCAGAAGCAAGGAAGGCGAGCAGCGAAUCAGCGCUCUGCUAUUCUCAUCAUCCUCGGCAGCAGCACCACCGCUGCCACCGCCGCCGCCAACACCUCCAGAAACACGAGCAGCCAACCACCAGAGCCUCGUCGCUGUACCAGCAGCGCCUUCGCCUCUGUCUGUAGCAGCAGAGCCGCCAUACCCAUUAUCCAUUUCUGUCUCCCCCCCGGGAUCUCUCGCGGUUCCCUUCCUCUCUCGCCAUCAGCAACAAGAACACCUCGGCGGAAUACCCCUGUUCUGGGCUUUCUCCCCCACGUGCAUUCAGUUCAGUUGUCGGCCUCC